CCAGGGAGUGUCAGUGUAUAUAAUGCCAUCCGUGCUCAUGGGAGGCUCAGCCUCAGCAGGAGCCUCACGACAGCUAAAGCAGGAUGAAGCUUUUUGUGGGCAUCGUGUUGUGCUCCCUGGUCCUGGGCGUCAGCAGCCAGAGAUGGCUCACGUUCCUCAAGGAAGCUGGUCAAGGGACUAAAGACAUGUGGAGAGCCUACUCUGACAUGAGAGAAGCCAAUUACAAAGAUUCAGACAAAUACUUCCACGUCCGGGGGAACUAUGAUGCCGCACAGAGGGGACCUGGGGGUGCUUGGGCGGCAAAAGUGAUCAGCGACGCCAGAGAGAAUUCUCAGAGGAUCACAGACUUUUUUCGGCAUGGAGACAGCGGCCACGGAGCUGAGGACUCGAAGGCUGACCAGGCUGCCAAUGAAUGGGGCCGGAGCGGCAAGGACCCCAACCACUUCCGACCUGCUGGCCUGCCUGACAAGUAUUGA